AUGAGACUGAGUGGUACGACCCAAGCCCUACAUGACCCCUUCGAAGAGAAUGCCCUGAUUCUUUAUGAACCUCCCAAGCAGAGUGCGCAUGAUCAACUGAAAUUAUCCAAAGAGAGUAAGUCGGUGCAUGUUGUUGUUGAUCCAGUGCUAACAAAAGUUCUUAGACCUCACCAAAGAGAAGGAGUUAAGUUCAUGUAUGACUGUGUAACUGGAGUCCAAAUUGAAGGAAGCACUGGAUGUAUUAUGGCUGAUGAAAUGGGUUUGGGCAAGACCCUACAAUGCAUUACGUUACUGUGGACUCUGCUGAAGCAAGGACCAGCUUGUAAACCAACCAUCGAUAAGGCCAUGGUAGUCGCCCCAAGUAGUCUUGUUAAAGUUGAGCAGUACGUGAACUUCAGAGGUCGCAGGAAUCCACAGGCCGUCCUCAUCAUCUCCUAUGAGACAUUCAGGAUGCACGCUGAUGUCCUACACAAGGGAGUAGUCGGUCUGGUCAUUUGCGAUGAGGGCCAUAGGCUGAAGAACAAUGAGAACCAGACGUAUCAGGCGCUGAUGAAGCUGAAUGCAGAGCGCAGAGUACUUCUAUCUGGCACACCCAUCCAGAACGAUCUCCUCGAGUACUACAGUCUCGUGCAUUUCGUCAAUAGGGAUAUUUUAGGUACUGCCCAGGAGUUUAAGAAAAAAUUUGAGACGCCGAUAUUGAGAGGGAGAGAUGCUGACGCAAGUGAGAGUGAUCAUCUUAAAGGGAAGGAGAAGUUGCAAGAGCUCCUAUCUAUAGUUAACAAAUGCAUCAUCCGACGAACCCAGGCCCUACUAACGCAGUAUCUACCAGUCAAAUAUGAACAGGUUGUAUGUUGCAGGCUGAGUGACAUGCAACAGCAACUCUACAGAAAGGUCAUCACCUCGAAGGUCACACUGAAUGCCCUCUUAAAGGCAGGUCAGCAGGGGUCAACAUCGUCAUCAUCGUCGUCGUCGCUAGCUUCCAUUACGAAUUUGAAAAAACUUUGCAAUCACCCAGACCUGGUUUUCGAGAAGUGUUUGAAUGGUGAGGACGGUUUUGAGGAUUGUUCCUCUAUCUUCCCACACGGAUACAAACCGUCACAAGUCUCUCCCGCCAUGUCAGGAAAGUUCCAGGUCUUAGAUACCCUACUUGCACUCAUUAGAACGACAACCAAUGAUAAGGUCGUACUGGUGUCAAACUAUACACAGACGCUGGAUCUGUUUGAGAAGCUCUCUAGACAAAGAAAGUUUAGUUCGGACUUCAUCUUUAUGCUAAGUAGCAAAGCAGGGGGCUGUGGCCUAAAUCUGAUUGGGGCCAAUCGCCUCGUGAUGUUUGACCCGGAUUGGAAUCCAGCCAAUGACGAUCAAGCAAUGGCCCGCGUGUGGCGGGAUGGACAGAAGAAGCAGUGCUACAUCUAUCGAUUCAUCUCUACAGGUACAAUAGAAGAGAAGAUGCUACAAAGGCAGUCACACAAGAAAGCACUGAGCAGUUGUGUGGUGGAUAUGGAGGAAGAUGUGGAGAGGCAUUUCAGCCUGGGUGAUCUUCGAGAUCUCUUCACACUUAAUGAUAACACUAUCAGUGAUACACAUGAUAAAUUCAAGUGUAGGCGUUGCGUCUCGAACAUUCAGACGAAGCCCCCAGGCGAGGGCACGGAUUGUAAUAGUGACCUAUCUCAGUGGCAUCACUGCGCUGACAGGAAGGGGCUUGAAGAUACCCUCAUGAAGAACCUUAUGCAUAACGGUAACUUGGUGAGUUUUGUCUUUUGGCACCAGUCCCAUGAACAGCAGAGGAAAACCGUCUGA